UGAAAAAAGAUCAACGGCUUUACCGACACAAUAAGAAACGACGCCGACUUUAUUUUAUUUUUUUUUACCGCGUCGUCGGUGUUUGACCCAACUCGGUUUCACUCCUACCUCGGUUUCGUCUGAAGUGCAAAGUAUCAUGUGCCGCCGCCGCAGUGUGUCAAGUCAAACAUUACAGUUGCCACCUUUUCACGAGCCGCCCCACCUCUCUCGAUCGCAGCGGGACGAACGGCCCUGGUCCCCGUCGCACAGCUGACACAUGCCCGAGUUCAGAGCGUGCAAACGGCACGCAAAGGCAAACAGGGUCAACGUUUCCCCUCGUUCUAGCCGUCCUAACCUCGUCCCCACGGCUCUGCGACCCUCUGAGGUCAGAAUAGUAACCUCGGCACGAGGCCCGUCCUCCCUCCUACAAAGAGACACCUGUUUGGUACGAGAGACAGAGAGACGGUUUGCCACCCUGUCAGAGCCGGCUGUCCUCGAGGCGCAGAGGGGAGAGGAGGAGAGGAGGACAGGGAAGGAAGGAGGGGGCGAAAAAGGGGGGAGAGAAGAUGGUCAGCAGGGAGUCGAGGAGUCCCACCGAGCUCCCGAAAAGUUUCUGCUGCCAUGUCCAUACAGCCAAAAUGGCGGCGGGCGGACUGCAGCGUGGCAACUGGCGACGGCGGCUUUUUCACUCACAGAGAAACAAGGAAAGAAGCAACUACCCAAAGUUCUCUGUCCGCAGACCUGCGUGGGGAAGGAAGGAAACUUUGUAACGGCUGGUGUGCAUAAAGGCAUGUUUGUACAUGUUGGAAAUCCACCUGAUGUUAGGCAAUCUGUCAGCUACUGUGCAUUACAUUUACAUUGUUCAUCAGCUGUCCAGAGCAGCAAGUGCAUUCAACUACAACAAGAUUCAAGUAAGUACAAUUUCUUCAAGAAGGCCACUUCAUCCAUUUUAUUUGUUCCAAAAUAAUUGUAUUUACAAUUAUGAAAUUUUGUAUUGGUAGUUGACUACAUGAUGCAGUUUUUCCGAAAUUCACAGAUAUUAAACCCAACAAAACAUUUACCCCCCCCCAAAGCUUCCCCAUUGGUUGUUAAUGUCAUCUACUGUUUUAUUUGUCAGUAGUAUAAACAUGAAUGGUAAUAAUGCCCUCUAGUGGCCAAAUGCAGGGAUGACCUCAUUCAGAUGGGACGUGAAGUUGAAAACGGCAUUUUCAUUAAGGUGCGGAAAGCAAAAGCGAGUCUUAAAUAUAUUGGAUUGAUGUUGGGACUUCAGCAACACGCCUCGCUGAUCACCUCUGAUCCAACUCUAACUGUUGGAAAUAAAUGUAACCUCGGCUCAGAUAUCAGAAUGUCAGAUAUCAGAAUGAAAUCUCUACCAUUAAACAUUAUGAGGGACGUGUUGAGAAUCAGGGUGUUUAUUAAAUCUCUUUGAUCGUCUCGUGACUUUCAUCCAGAGCCCAUAACAUGUCCUUUUACAAUAGAGUCACUGUUACAUCUCGGCUGCAUGAACAGGGCCUUUUCCUAUUUACUCUCCUUCUUGUCAAUAUAGGAGAAUAAUACUGUAGGUGUUGUAAAUCAUUAACCAGGGCUUAGCCAAGCCUAUCUAAAUCCCUGAGCAGCUUUGUCAGCCCCCACCUGAGUAUCCCAGCACGUCAUCGUGCUGUAUGUAGUUUCACAAUAUGUAAUGUGUCAUAAGAAGGAAUUCCAAAUAGAUGUUUCUUCUGGUGAAAAGAAUGUAAAUAUGUAUUUACUACAUGUAUGGUUCAUGGUUCACUGAUAUUGGUCGUAUAAAGAAAGAAGGCAUAACUCUUUUAAAUGAAUCUACCAUGCCUAUUGUCCAAAUAAGUCAUUGUGGAGGAAAAUCCCUCUUUCUAAUUUUACCGAGAAUCAUUUUCAAGGGGCAGGAUUUACUCCAUGCUGAUUUGAUUAAACUCAAUAAUCUAGGAAGUACGCCUCAAUAUAAGCUAAUAAAGCAACGUGUUAUCAGCACGGACCUGUUGCGUGAA